UCCAGGGCUCCAAGCUGCUUGGGUGGAGUACAAGCCUGACUUUGCUUCCUAAAGCUGAUACCUAAAGCAUAAUUCACCACCAUGAGGCUGUCUCUAUGUCUCCUGAUGGUCAUUCUGGCCAUUUGCUGCUAUGAGAGCAAUGCAGCCGUCUGUCCAUCUGUUCUCAGAACAAGCUUUAAAUACCUUUUUGCUCCUAAGCCAAUACUCAAACUUCACCUGCUGAAAUAUGGAGCACCUUCUGAAGCUUCAGAUGCAAUGGUGGAAGCGAAGGGAUGCACAGAUCAGAUGUCCUUUCCGGACAGAAUUCGCAUUAAAAAAAUACUGCUACAAAUUGUAAAAGACUGUUAAGCUAGAGGUGAAAAUUCAAGAGUACUUGAUCCCGUUUUCGGCUUUCAAGGAUACCUUAAUUUUCAGUGCAAAAUGUAAUGGUUUCAAUGUCUUGCUUUAAUAAAUCAUUUUCUCCCGCA